UAAAGGCACAUUUUUCUUGACCGAUUUCUUGGGAGCUGCUGGUAUGCAAAAACAGCUCAUAAGCAAAUCAACCCGGUUCAUCAAUCAAUAACGGUUGCUAUUCUAGACAUAUGUAUACCAAAGGUUUGCCAACGUGUAAACACAAAGUAAUGCUCCGCUAUCUACACGCCCUAUCGACAAAAAAACUGAACGAAAUUACCCAGAGGUGCAGAGUAUCGUAGCUAAUCGAAAAUAUGUUGGUUAACAAGUCAACCCUUACAUGGAAAAUGAAAUUUCAUGGGAAUGAAAUGGAAAGAGGAUAAUAACAAAUUAAAUUAAAAAAAAAGAAUGUAAUAAAAACCAAAAUAAGUGUGAAAUAUGAAAACAUCAAAUUUUAAGACUGUUUGGUAAAUAAACUGUUUUUCGUUAUCAGAUGAAAAGAUGAUUGAAUCAGGUGUGGACAAUACCGAGGCACUUGAUUGUAUUCUUCAAGCCGCAAAUAAACAUCCCAAUUCACGUGUUUCCAAACUUAUACACAGUGUGGAAGAGGAACGUUCUCAAAAAAAUAUAGUUCUUUUACUUAUUGAGUUGGCAGAACAUGUGGAAUAUGCUACUGAUUUUAGCAUUUCUUUAAAAUAUUAUUUAGAUUUAUUUGAGAAAUUGGGUAUAGGGCGUGAAAUCGUAUUGAAUGAAGCUGGCUUGUUGCUACUAAACUCUUCAAAAGUUUAUGCGCGACGAGUUGAUUUCAUACAGGAAUUAGUGGAGCGCCAGAUACUGACUUUAUCCAAUGCAGACAAGGAAAUAGUUCAAAGCAGGUAAGGUGAACUCGCACUAGGUACGAUUCGGUUAUUUGUACAAUGGUUUUGUGGUUGCGGCAGCGGGGGAUGGGGUGUGAAACCGAAAACUCAAACCAUUAGAAAAAGUACAGUCCAAACUUUCAUAAAAACAUUUUCUAAAGAUCGCUAGGGACACGUUUGAAAAUGGGGUAAAUGGGUAAUGAGUAAAUGGGGUUAUGACAGAAAAUGUUAACUUGGGUUACGCCUUCCACAGUAUUUUUUGCGCAGAAUAUCUUUUCGCUUCAAAAAAUAACCAUCAUUUUUUAUUCCCACCACAGCCCGUUCUACGCACCGCAUCUGCUCGCUUCUUCUGCUCAGGGCUGGCAUUGAAUCAAACCCUGGACCAAAAAACUAUACCUGGGAUAUACUCUGUAGUGCGAUUAGAAAUGCAAAUCGGGAGUACUACAUAAUUCCGACUUUUAACAUCCCGAUAAGACAUAAUCCAGACAAUUUUUAAAAAUUCAGAAUAUAAACAACCCAGACAGGACAUAAUACAGACAUAAAAUAAUGACCAAAUAAGAUGCAGAUAACACAUUUUUCAGACAAGACAAAAUCCCGACAAGACACAAUCAAGACAAACAAAUAGCAGCAGGUUGAACUACUACCUGAAUAGGUUGAAUGAGGAUGUGCCGAAUGAGUGUCCGGCAUGCGGAGAGA